AUGUCCACUAAUAGAUGUGCAAACAUCGACAGCAAUGACAGCUUUGCUGGCAAAGAGAAUAAGAGACCUUUCCAGGAUACCUUGUCCCAGACCGAGAAGAAAGCACGGGUGGAAAAGACUGGUAGUGGCAACUUUCUAGGGGGAUCGAACGAUGAUUGUGAGGUGUUGACAAGGCAGCCCGGACAGCAACUCUUUCCUCUGAACGAGAACGUCGACGAUGAUGACGAUGUUGUGUGCUACUGUUUCGUCUGCGAUAGGCCUCAAGCGGAGUGCAUCAAGUGGGGGACUGGCAGCCAAGCCAGCGACCACUGCAAUGCAUAUGACUCCUGGGAGUGGCUGCUAAGGAGGGCGGCCAUGGGACGAAGCACUGGCGUUGAGGACUCUGAUUACGAAGAAGAUGACGAAGAAGAUGACAACAUGGAUGAUGAGUCCCUCGCACCCUUUGAAGGUCUCAACUGCAGCACAGAGCUCCAUGUCGCUUUGACGAUUCAUCCCAAUGAGACCUCUGCUCGCUUCGGCGUCGUCAAGAUCAAGGUCUCCCUUCGGCGCUCCUCACUUGAAUGGGACGAGAAGUUGAAGCUUGGCAAGGUCCUGGCUUACCUUUGCAAGGACACUGAUCCUGCACUCCAAGAACGAGUGGACGAGCUGAGGCAAGUGAAGCAGGCUGCGGGGGAUAUCAAGAGCUUUGCGGACUUGCUAGAGAAGGUACAAAGCAACAGCGUGUCUGAGGAAGAGCAGCCGGACGGGCUGGCCGAAGGCGUUACCUUGCGUCCAUACCAAAAGCAGAGUCUGUGCUUCAUGCUGGACAGUGAAAGGCGGGGGUCGGGCUUCCGCGGGCUCCUCUGGCACAAGAUCCCGGGGGCUGGGACGCCUGCAAAGGACGUCUUCUUCUGUCCUGCCUUGCGGUUGAUGAAGUUGGAAGACAAGGGCAAGGUUUGGCCGGCUACCACUGGUGGCUUCCUGUGCGAGGUCCUGGCCCUCACCGUUGCCAACCCGCACCCCAAUCCCCCGCCGCCCCCUGCCGGGCCCCCCCUCUCGCGGGGGAGGCGCCUCCCGCAGAUCCCCGACGGCGGGGUGCCGUCAAAAGCGACGCUGGUGGUCUGCGCGGUCUCGUUGGUCGGCCAGUGGAUCAACGAAGCGGAGAGCAAGCUCAAAGGCCCCAUCAGCAUGUACAAGUAUCACGGAUCCAGCCGCCAUACUGACCCGUUCUUCUUGGCCGGUCACGACAUCGUGAGAGAGCAUCUCAUUUCCUUCUCGACUUUGUUCUCGCAUGUGUACUUGACUGCGGUGAUUACCACGUACGGAAUUCUCGAGAAGGACUACGGUGCUCUGACUGGGCAGGUUGUGGGGUCUAUGUUCGACGGCAAGCGCCUCAGCGAGGAGGACAAGGCCAGGCUGUCGCCCCUCCACGCCAUCAACUGGUGGCGGGUCGUACUGGAUGAGAGCCACACGGUGAAAGAUCCAACAGUCCAGCAGUCGCGCGCCUGUGCCGCGCUCAAGGCCGAUCGACGGUGGUGCUGCAGCGGGACGCCCAUCAACACCAGCAUCUCGGACCUGUACGGACAGUUCGUCUUCCUGGGGCUCGACCCCUUGGACGACCGCCAAACGUUUCUGGACGAGAUCAGCAGGCCCUUCGAGAGGUCGCUUCUUCUGACGGGGUGCAACGUGUUUAACAAGUCGAAGGCAUCGCUCGUGUUCCUGCUGCGGAAGGUAAUGGUCCGCCACACCAGGACCCAGACGAUCGCCGGAGAGAAGUUGCUCGUCCUCCCGCCGAAGACUCAGGUCGAUAUGCCCGUACACUUGUCCCCGGAGGAGCGCACGUUCUACGAUACCGCGGCAGCUGGGGCCAAGGAGCGCUUCGCCAGAUACCGCCUCCUCGGGCCGGAGUACAUCAGCAAGCACAUGCUGAAGAUCAUGGCGCUUCUUCUCCCGCUGCGCAGGAUCUGUAACCGAGGCGAAAUCGUCCUUCCCAGCAGCUCGGACGGCAACAUUCAGGAAGAGGACGAAGGCUCACGCAUCGCCGGGCUCCCGAAAGCACCAGUGCCGUGUUCUACAAACACCCCCCCGGAUGCAGAGUUCUGCCAUGAGUGCCUGACGGGCGCGCUCGACUCGGGGCCGUCCCAGGGACGGUGCCCUCUCUGCCGGCAGGAGACGGCCGCUGAUGACGUCAUCGAAGGCGAGCUUCCCGGCACGAGCACAGCGGUAGGCCCGUACCUGGGAGCUGACGAAGGCGAAGGAGGCACUGGCAUUGCUCCUGCAAUUGCUCCCUUCCUGGUUGAGUCGAAGCUGAAAGCGCUGCUCGAGGAUCUGCAGAAGACCAGAGAAACGGAUCCCACUGCUAAGGCGCUGAUCUUCAGCCAGUUUAUGGGCACCAUCGACUGGCUCAAGAAGCGGCUGACGGAGGCUGGCGUCACGUACCGCUACAUCAGCGGGGACAUGCCGCUCAAGAAGCGCCCCCAGGCCAUCGAGCAGUUCCAGCAGGACCCGCCCACGACCGUCUUCUUGCUCUCCAUUCGGACCGGCGCCGUGGGCAUCACCCUGACGUCAGCGUCCGUAGUCUACCUCCUGGAGCCCGUCUUGAACCCUGCGGCCGUCGGCCGCGCUUGGCGCAUGGGCCAGCAGCGGCCGGUGACGGUGAAGCGCAUGUUCGUGGCAGACUCGGUGGAGGAGAAGAUCCUCAAGGUGGUCAAGAGCCGCGUGGAAGGCGGUGCAGCCAAGCCCGACAGCUCCGCGGACCUGGAGCUCACGGCCUACCGAAGCAAAGGCAAGACCAUCCGGCCGGAGACCAUUGCUGGAUCCAUCCGCUUUGACAAACAAAACCUCAGGAUAAGUGGGUUUGAGUUACUGUUCAAUUAG